AGAAGAGACAGACGACGUCAUCAUCAACAACACAUUUCUCCUCUUCUCAUCAUGCCUUCUGCUGUGAUGAUGGAAGAAAAUUUUGACAAACUACUGGAGCAGUGUGAAACUCAAGAGCUCGAGGCACCAGGAGGCAUUGCGACCCCUCAAGUGUAUGCUCAGCUUCUGGCACUCUAUUUACUACAUAAUGAUAUGAAUAAUGCCAGGUAUCUCUGGAAGCGGAUUCCCCAAGCAAUAAAAGCGGCAAAUCCUGAAUUAGCAGCAAUUUGGACAGUUGGCCAGCACAUUUGGCAGCGAGAUUUCCCUGGGAUCUACUCAUCUAUUGCGGCUUACCAGUGGUCAGAAACUAUCCUUACGGUAAUGGAGGCCCUUCAAGAGAGUACGCGUCAAAGGGCAUACAGACUCGUGGCGCAGGCGUACACCUCCAUUAAUGCCGAAGAUUUUGCUGCCUUUGUGGGCUACUCGGUGGAAGAGGCCGUAAAAGGUGUGGUGAAUCAGGGCUGGCAGGCAGAUCCCACGACCAGAAUGGUGAUGCCUAAAAAGCCAGAUCCUCCCCCCGUUUCGUCGGUUCCCAACGAGCAACAGUUGGCCAGACUCACCGACUACGUGGCUUUUCUGGAGAACUGAUAACCACAACAACCCUGGUCACUCUUUUUUUCCUGAUAUUUGUGCAGACUCAUCACCGUGCUUUUGCUCAUUUUCUGAUUAAAAACAAAACAAAACUAAAAAACAAGUUUUUUAUUUUCUUUACAUGUGACAUCAAUAUCCUUGUUUCAUCAACUCCUCCAGUUCUUCAUUAGCAGCUGUUUGAUGUUUAGCUAGAUUCCUAUGAGCCAGAGUAUGCACAAUUCCCACAGUGCUUUUAUAUUAGUUCAGUGCCAGCUGUUCUAAUUUCAACUUCCUAACCCAUCCAUCCAUCCAUUUUGUGAGCCGCUUCUCCUCACUAGGGUCGCGGGCGUGCUGGAGC